AUGGCAUAUUCAGUGCUGGAGUUGGUAUCGCGGCCAGCCAUUGCUGCGCCGCUCGUUCUUUUGACAUCGUACAUCAUAUACCAGCUUUUUCUAAAGCCCUCCAACUUGCCUGAGCUACCAAUCAUCGGGGCACGCAAAGGCGACUGGUUUCCCAUUUUACAAGCUAAAAUUCGCAAUUCGCUCAACGUCAAGGCCGCGCUCAACUCGGCGUACAUCCAGUAUAGAAACCAGGCUGCCAUUUUCCCCUUGAUCGACGGUGGAAACAUCAUUUAUCUUCCGCGAUCAGAUACAAAGUUCGCCAGUGAGCAGCCUACCAAUAUGCUCAGCAUGCAUGAAUCGGCACAGCAAGAUUUACAAACGGACUACACUACCAUGGAUCCAUCCCUCACGCAUGACCCCAUUCACCUGGAACUGGUCACUACCACGCUUACUAAAGAGGUUGGAAAUCUCAUCCCAGAUCUUGCUGAAGAGAUCGAUCAUUGUGUCAGCAAGCAGUUGGGUAACAGUACAGACUGGUCCGAAAUCUGCAUAGUGGAAUCGGCACAGAAGAUGCUCAGUGGGAUCACCAACCGAGCAUUCCUUGGUCUUCCACUUUGUCGGAAUGAAGAGAUGCUGAAGCUGGGCAUCGCGUUCGCCCAGGAUAUUCCACUGUCGUCAAUGAUGAUGAAGCUAUUCCCGAGCUUUCUUAAACCGCUAGUUGCUCCUCUUAUAACCCGAUCCAACAGGAUUCACACGCGCGAGUUCGAGAAGAUCCUUGAGCCGGAGAUCAAGGCCCGCCUAAUAGAAUACGACUCGCAAGACGAACACGUGAAGUCCGAUCGGAACGAUUACUUGCAGUGGUUGAUUGACCAGGCCAAGGAGAUCGGUAACCCGAAGAACUGGCAGGUCAGCGCGCUGGCUCAACGUGUUCUGCUACUGAAUUUCGCAUCCAUUCACACUACGACAUUUGCAGUUACCCAUGCUCUUCUUGACAUUGCUUCAUCGUCUCCCGAUCUUAUUCUUGAACUUCGCGACGAAGUAGAGAGCGUCCUGAAACAACACGAUGGCAAAUGGAACAGACGCGCCGUUGCGCAGCUUGAGAAGCUCGACUCGGCAAUUCGCGAAAGCCAGCGCAAGAAUUCCAUCGUCUCAAUCGGGGUUUCUCGCACCGUCGUAGCAGAGAAAGGCGUGACUUUUCCAUCGGGUACGCACGUCUCCAAAGGUCUGAGAAUAGCUGUCCCAGGGUAUUCGGUGCUGCAGGACAGUGAGAUCUACCCUGAACCUAAGACUUAUAAACCACUUCGCUUCUACGAUGCGCGACAAAAUGAGGCAGAUGAAUACGUGAAGAGUGCGCGUAAUGCGUUGCCGACUGCGACGCAGGAUUUCUUGGCGUGGGGACUCGGUCGGAACGCCUGUCCAGGGAGGUUCUUUGCGAGUAACGAGAUCAAGAUGUUGCUCGCUCAUAUUUUGUUGUACUACGACAUUGAGCACUUGACUGAGCGACCGCGAAACACUUGGAUCGCACAAAAUAGGAUCCCUCCUAUGAAAGCGACGUUGAGAAUUAGGAGGAGAACUCGAUCUUAA